GAAGACUAUAAUCAGGUACUUAUGGCACGCAACUAGUAUGAAAAUAUCCUACCACCCAACACAUCUGAUUGAAUAGCGCUUAGGUAAGUCGUUUUGUCGAGGAACUUUGCUUGGGUCCGAGCCAGCUGCAUGCGACGAAGGUAAAAAGCUUCUUAGCGUCUAUUCAUAACUUGCUUGCCUAUUACAUUGUGGAUUGAAUAUUUAUCUAGCUCCUUGGCGUUAGCCGUUUACGUGUUUGUUAUGCGGGUGCGUGUUAAAAUUCGUAUUGUAUGCAUCUUACUUUCUGAAUAAUAUACUAUGAAUGGUAUUUUGACUUUGUAAACCAGACAAGCGUAGUGGUCGAAGCUUUCAAUAUUCGAGAUGGCCAAUAAAAAUUAUUCGCUAAGCAUGGAGGGCUAUCUUUCGUAGCUGCUUGUGCUGCUGUUCCAUAGUGCACUUGAGGCAAAAAUCGAUAAUAGAUUCUAGUAACUCUUGUGGCCUGUGCCAUCGAUUGGAUUAGCCGUGAACUGUCUAGCCAUGCGCCUAUUGCUGAGGAACACAGACCUAUCCGGAUACGGGCAGAUCAUACAGGUUCAAAAUGGGCUGACCGAUCGGUCGGUCGGUCGGCCGGCCGGCAAUGAUUUUUCAAGCGCCGUACGCAUUUAUUCCUUAUCAGUGUUUAUCAUGAGCGAUAUUACAUGAAUGCAAAAAACAUCCAUGCGAUGCUAUCAGAAGAGCUACUUUAAUAUUGUCCUUUUCAGGUAACUGACUGUUUGGAUUAUGACAUGCAGUACAAAGUAGCAAACAGCUAUUUUUUCAGACAACUCUUCAUUGUGUUUGUUCGCACCCUUCUUUGCUGUUUUUACAUUUAGAUGCUAGACAUCGAAUUGAUCCUAUCACUGGCCCUGUGAAGACACUGAAUAGGAAAAUGUGAACAAUAUUAUUCGAGAACGAACGGUUGACAAGGUUAGAGGAACGGUUCAGUGAUGCUUCAACUAAGGAAGGGAAUUGGCGUCCCUCUUUCAUUUCCGCCGCAUUUCGCAGUUGUGCGGCCUUGUUCCAUUGUCGAUGGAUGCGCUUCGUUAUCCAUCAGUCUGUUUACGGUUGUCGUUCGCAUUUGCGAGCAGAGCCUAUUUUGGCUAAUCUAGAUUGUUUUCUAUUAGAAUAACGGCGAGCUGCGUUUCAGGAAUUAGCUCACUGACCGUGAUACUGUGAGAAAAAUGUACACAGUGAAAGAUGGCUCUCAUAAUUGUUGAAGUCAGGUGAGGUAAAACGGACCGCAUCCAAGAAUCAAUCUGCCUAGAACGAAAUAAGCCAACGAGUCAAAAAGUAAAAAUACUCAUACUCUGUGGAAAUUUCGCAAAAUCUAGCUGGGAGGACACAGACGUCGGGACCAAUGGGUGUUCAUUUGCUUUGCUCAAUGGUUCAUCGUAUCGAUUAGAUUGUCAGGGAGAAACGGCACCAGAACCUAUUUGACAGAACGCUUUAUACAAAAAUCAUAAAUGGGUGAAGUUGAUCUGUCAAUGAUCGUCUGUUUCAGCUGCAACAUGUAAGGGGAUGCUUUACUGCGAGGGUGGAAUAGCUCCCGUAUUAUCUUAUUUGUAAUAUAAGUAGGACGAAAGUAAAACGCUGUUGCAAUAGGUCAAUAGAAAGAGCAUCUAAAAAGUGGCACUAGCGAACAAUGACAGAAGAGGGACCCGUAUUAGCACGACCAGUCACGAAGAAAAGAUGUUAGUUAGUUAUCUAGUCUAACAAGCACGUUAGCUUAGAAUGUACCUUUUGUGCGAAAUACUUCUUAUUUUCGAUGCCGUUUUUACGGAUGGUACCGAUUGUCUAUCCGUUUGUAUUAGCAUAGUGGCGGAAAUCAUUUGUCUCCUAUUUUAAAAUCGGCGACCCAAUCGUCGUGACCAUGAAACUUUGGAUACAGCCAACGUUGCCACUUCGGUCCAAUGACAGUCUGUAUAGGUUCAGCUGUGCAUCUGCCUACACCAAAAGCAAGGCCAGUCUAAAAAAAGAUGGGGAGAAACGGUUCACUCGUGGACAGCACCUUGCCAUAUUUCAGUUUUCCAAACGCCCAAAGGAGCUCGUGAGACGAAGAGGUAAGGAUUUGACAAACGACCGAUAAACCGACAAAAGUUUCAACUGGUGUGUACGUUUUUCCCCACGUAUAUACACUUUGAUAUUCAUUUAUGUGCAAAUAUAUAGAUCGUCUUAACCCAAAAUCAUUAGAAAAACUGGGACAGUAUCACAAAAUGAUAAAAGAAAAAGGCGCUUUAUACUUGGAUGGUUGAAUGUACGCGAUAUCGCCCUGUUGCCUAACAUUCCCUCGACUCAAGUAACAACUACUGCACACACGUAGAAGCGUUAUGGCUCCCGUUCGGCGUAAGGGCACAAGUAUACUCUCAGACAUAAUGAUUACCUAUUCAAUAAUAUUGCACUUCUAUGCCUGCUUUUAUGUUGUUUAACUACUCCGUCCUUGUGCUAGCGAUCCUUCUAGGCAAGACACUUUUGAGUGGUUUAGCGUAUCGUGUCAAGCGUUUGGACCUUAGGAAAGGCGUUGUUCAAUAUUAGAUCAGAUGGAUACUAUUCAAGCUAACUGCGAAAAGGAGGUUCACAAAUUUAGCGCGCGCACUUCCCCUCAACGCAAUAGAACUCGCAAUAGAAUAGUAUAGCCCGAAGGAACGUGUAAAGGAAACAGGAAUUCACCUAUUAAACGUUACAUUAAGUAGAACUGAACUCGAGCUUUUUAACUGGUACGAGCGGCUCAAUAAUAUAGACGUAGUUCAGGUAUAAUACAGAAAGAGCGAUCUGGUUUACGAUCAAAAAAUGUUACUAGGUACGCGAUCCAAACCUAUUAACCUACAAAACUAUUAUAAUUCACUUUAAUGGAGCCAUUGUUUUUUUUUUUUUUCGAUGGAGCUGAAAUUAAGACGCUGACGCACGCACACGGCUACAAGCGAAUGAUGUAUGGACACUUAAUGUAGACUGCCGGUCUCGAGGCCGACGGUUGGAUUUGAUCUGGCUACAACCAAAACCAGCUCACGCACUAUUUUCUCGAAGCUUUACCUUUUUGCUUUCUUCUAAAUAUCGUGUAUUAUAAUUAUACGACCACCGACAAUCAACAUUAAAUUUCACUCAUAUAGACACAUUUGUGUGUGCAUCGUCCUAUUUGUAUUUGAUACUUUCAUGGAACAUUCAAUAAUAUGAUAUAUAUAUAUAUAUAUAUAUAUAUAUAUAUAUAUAUAUAUAUAUAUGCACACCCUGGCUAGAUAGCUUAACCCAAGCUGAUAUCUUUUAGGUGAACAUAAACGUGGCACUAGCGUGAACUUAUACACAAGAUUGUGUUACAUACAAAUUCAGCGGCAAGAGCAGUCGGAUAGAAGCUGACGUUUACACAACAAACUGCAGGCAAGAUUCAAAAACAACAAGUACACGUUCGGAAGCGAAGUAUAAAAGUCACGUAGCGUUAUCAAUCGAAGUUCGGUGUCUGUAUGGUGUGGCACAACAAUGAAGAGCGGAUAUCGCAUGACGACUGAGAACGAUGGGGAACUCUGCCAUCUACUCCCUGCACCAUGCCGGCGGGAAAACAGCUGAUUCCCUGAACUGUAUUAGUUACUCUAAUCGAAACUCUAGUGCAAUGGGCCAUGGCCGGCCCGCAUCACGAACUCUGCUGCUAGAUACCCAUACUGAAGCUGAACAUACAACUGGUGAUUUUGGUGAAGACGGAAGGUCAAGAGCGCUAAGUCAACCAUGUUGCUUCCAGAAGAAGGGUCAUCGUGGUGCACUCGACGACUUGACAGCGUUCGACGUAAUUCCUCAACUUGUGGACUGCCUCGAAACGGACCACCGUGUAGAGGUUCAGUGUCGAAUUCUUAAGCUCCUAACUGUAGUAAUGCAGGCCAGCAAUGAGGGCAAGAAGCGCGUUGUGGACGCCAAGGCGUGUCCUAUUUUUAUUAAACUUUUAGCAUCCGACAGCAGGAAAGUAGCUAGUAACGCGGUUUGGGCACUGAAGACCGUCACAGACAACAGAACGUACCGUGAAGUGGUCAUUGAACUGGGUAUCGUGCAGCAGCUCAUUUGCCUGAUAGGUCGAGAUGUUUCCGAAGAUAUCACGUUUAAGUCAAAGGUAUUUUUGUGCAUAUCGAACCUUCUUGCCAAUGGUCAUUCGUCUUCGCUGGCAUUGUCAACGGUGUGUCUAGCAGAGAUUCAACAACUGCUAAUGGAUCCGUACAACACUGUAAUGUAUGACGCUUGCCUACUACUUAGAAAGCUAAUAUUUACGGGUGUGAUUACAAUUAGCCAAUUAAAGAAGUUGCGCGUUGUCGAUAGGCUGGUGGCAAUAGUCAACACACUGAAAGAUAACAGAUAUGGCACCCUCCUCGGCGCCCUCUAUGUUCUUGAGGCGAUAGCUGUCUUUCAGAGUCAAGCGGCUAUUGAUCACGAUGCCUUAUCAGCACUUAGGCGACUGCUUGUACUAAACGACCAUCUUAAGCUUCCAGCCGACGCCAUCGUGCUGGCCACUCGUAUAUUCAGGUACAUUGUGGCCGGUAAUACAGAAAGGCUCCAGAUCGUCCUCGAUCGAGGCUGGGUAGCGCUUAUCGUAAAGACCUUUCAAACCGAAGAUCUAAAUGUUCAAAACGAGGCGGCCAUUGCCAUCAACGACCUUAGUUGCACUUGUAGCGACUAUCCGACAGCGCUACGCUUCCAGCAAGAUAUAUUACCAGGACUCGCAGACUCAAUAAUAUACUACCAAAGAUCCAGUAUUGCCGACGCCGCAGGACAAAUUCUGAUGAGGUUCUUGGUGAACAUCUCGCGUAUCGUUGCCACGCCGGAACAACGUGCGGCUCUUUGCACCUUCCUCAAUGAGCUAAAACUCACUGAACAACUGAAGAAAAUGAAACAGCAGGGCGAUGUACUAAGUACCUACAUAGCGGCUUCAUGGCUGGACUAACGGUCUAAGGAGAAAUUAGCAUCGGUGCAGUCGAGCAGGAUGUGUAUCGGUCUGUCUUACAAGUCUUUUAGUAGCGCUCCAUGCAUUUAUAGAUAAUAUAUUAUAUUAAUCAUUAUAUCUCUAAUUGUGAUUCAUCAAAGCGUCAGCUCUUCGAGAAGCUUUCAGUUAGUAUACAUUUGGUUCACAUGCAACCGAACAGGUUGUUAUCGGCAGUGAUUCCAGCAGUGUUAGAAAUACGUUCGAGAAAAUGUCACGGUAACUUCUUGUAGACGCAGCUUCCUGAACAGUAGCAGGGUCUAGCAGCCAAGCGUCUAUCGAGGGUCUUUAAUACUAAUACCAAUGGUGAUACGAGCAUUACCAGAUAGUGGUUUUUGGCGUGAUCUGUGGACAUGGUAUCAGUUGCUAACUUUUAAGAUCUGAGACGUUGUUAAUUUGUUUUUAACAUAAUUUAGAACUAGAGAAUAAAUAGAACAGAUUUCUCAGUUGUACUGUUUGUAUCCUGUUUGUUA